CGGUGCUGCGCUGUUAGAAACAACUUAGGCGCAUCACUUAUUUUUCCAUCAAAAAUGUACUAAAAAAAGACUAAGUGGGAGCAAAAUUGAGGUGAGACGCGGGACAAAAUGGCUACGACCGGUGCAAUGGGACAAGACGGUAUUCUGAACAAUUUGCAUAGAGAGACGAUUUCUUGCGUCGACGCGUUUCCGCCAGCUAAAGUCCGUGCAAGAAAUACACUAUUAUUUCAAAGAAACAAAAAAGAGACCAAACAAAUCAGUGAUGACAAAGAUGCGGAAAGUGUUUACAAGAAUUUACUGGGAACAUACAUGAAGCUCCCAUACGAGCCCGAAACGGAAAUAAAUGAAAACGUUCAUCGGUGGCCUACGACUCUUCCUCUGUUGAAAACCAAAGUCAAAGCGUCGCCCACACCCCCACCUCGCUCUACCAUGACAGAACUAGGAACAGUGCCGGGUUGCUGCGGAUAUCACCGUAAACAAUAUCUCCAGCGUCUGAACUUGGACUACUCCCCUGAACCUGUCUAUCCUAAAGUGUUCCACUACCCAGAUAUUUUCGAACGCCACGUAAACCGCACGAUGCAGUUCCAGUCGCAGAGUCAGCUUCCCCUUUCCACCCUCAGCGUUCGCUGGCAAAACAAGAGAGACGACGUAGGCUACGACCCCCAAACACUGGAGGAAAUCCUCACCAAAUUUGGCCCAGUGAGAGAUCUGAUGAUGACUGGGCCUUGUAGCGCAAGGGUGGUCUUUGAGAACCUGUCCGACUGUUGUGAGGUCAUGUUGACGUCAGCUAUAGGCCGCGUGGAGAACCGCUUAAAGACGCACUGGUGGCACAAGUGUAUGACCAACAAGAUGUUCUUGAUGCGGCCACGUGGCUUGGCUGUGAAAUAUGACAACUUUGUCUAUAAUUACAAUCGUUAUUAAAUGGGGGUGGGGUGGAUGUGUCUUUAAUUUUGAUUUUUUUGUCACAAUCCGUUUAUACGCUAGUCUGAAGCAGAUCUCAAUUUCCUACUUUAUUGUCCACUUUGACUAAUAACAAUAAAAAUACAAACACACUACUGAAACAGAAACCGUUUCAAUGGACAAUUUCUGGUCUGAAAAAAUCUUUGCAACAAUUUAACACAUCACAAGCAUUAAAGACUUGGAAGCUGACGAAGUGUACUGCAGUAGACAGAUAAUAAAAAAGUGAUAAACUAUGAUAUGUGGAGUUAAUGAAUCCUCUGAAAACAAUUAAGAUCAUCGAAACGUUAGACCAAAUUUGUCCAAAAAAAAAAAAAAAAAA